GCAAGUCUCACUCCGUGACCUUCACGUCAACACUCGACCACCACUGACUUCUACGGACACCAUUAUGGCUGGACACGGCUACACGAAGCUCGACCCCGCCAUCGAGCGAUGGAACCAGAUGCGGGAGACAGCGUACCAACGCUUCCGCUUCACACCGCGUUUAACGGUGCAGACCAUUGUUGGGUUGGUCAUCUUUCCCGGUGCCAUCUAUUGGCUGUCUUCUAACCAGGACCACAAAUGGAACUGGUCAGGAAAGCUCAAGAACCAAUCGUUGGCUCGCGUUGCUCCCUCGACGGAAUCGGAGUGAACGCUGUACACGUCAUAGAGGCCCAUUAUUCAUUAAACUACACUAUCCUCUCUAAGCAUCCGUGAUGGUACAGCCAGUCAUAUGCGCUUGCAGAGUUCUAUCGCAGCCUUACACC